AGAAUCCAACCGAUAGAGGGCGAUCGAGAGUCUGUUUGCCUUCCUAGUUCCCAAACAUUAAACCAAGGAUGAUGGUUUUAUUCCAGAAUGGCGAAAGCUUGAACAUCAGCUUGGAAUAUCACUACCAGUCAAAGACCAGCAGAUUACCUAGCUUUUGGAAGCAAUAAGUAAUAAACAUCAACUUUGGAAGUGCAUAUCCAAAAAUACGCAUCUAAAAGACGGGACAGGCCGGGAUUCAAGCCGUUGUGGACCUAUUCAAGGAUCAAAUGAAUCUCGCUAGCCACCGAAUUAGUGCGUGAAACCGCAAAAAACACUUGUUAUUGCGUCCCAAAACAAAGGCAUCCCGUUGGAGUUUGAUCGCGUCAUAGGAGCGUCAGGAUCUUGUGAUUUUUCGGCGCUCCGUCAUUGUUCAAUACGCUCGUGAAGGUGAAAGCACGAAGCCGUCGGAAUCAAGCUAGCGUGCGGCGCCCGUCCGUACGCGGCGGCGGUGGUGAUGUGCGCCCUGCGGCCUCUCGUUCACAGGAAACAUCGCGUUUCUAAUGUUUAUUUUCGGCCGGCAGUGUGUCAUUGUUGAUUGUUGCUGAAAUCAAUGGAUUUGUCUAUGGAUACAUUAUUGCAGGUGUUUAGUUGUGGAUAUGGCUGUGGAUAGCUCGUGUAAGUAGCUGCAUUAUCUGACAGUCACCACUGUCGCUGCAAAUUGAUGUGGUUUUGGGGGUGUUAUUGCACUUUAUUUAAUCUAACACUGUUAAUUCUUGUGCCUGCUUGUAUGCAUGCUUCUGUUCAGCCUAUGGUUUGAUUUUUUAUAAUUUCACUCCAGCGCAAGCAGACUUUAUCAAUGACGAGAUGAACUGUAUGACCAACUGUGACUCAUUCACGCAUAAUCUAAUUGCCACACUGUAGUGGUCAUGUAAGAAAGAAAAGCGUUGAACAUCCAUCAUAAUUUUCUGUUCAAGAAUUAUUGUGGUAACAUUUGCAGUUGAAGCCAGUAUGUUGACACCACUGCAGGCUGGUUAGAUGUUUUGGUCUGAAGUGAAGAAAGAUUAUUAAAUUCUCCCUAAUCGUUGUUCAGUAAACAGUACCAGGGGUAAUCCAGAGAGGUUUACUGCAAGAGAACGUUUAGUUGACACUACCACAAUACAAGCAACUGAGAAGACUUAUAGAACUUAACUGACAUUACAUGUUUGUUGAUCAAACGGGACAAUGAUGAGGAUGACCAGUUUGUUCCACCGAAUGAGACUUUGACCACUGCAGUGGUGAAAUGAUAAAACCCAACUAAAGGAGUCCAAAAAGAUACAACUGACCUUCCGUUACUGACAUGAUCUCAAACUGACACUACUACAAAGUCAAUUGGACAAACCUCUGACGGUAUGCAGUCAUGAGUCUUCGACAUCCAACCUCUACUCUGGACAGUCCUUUUGCUGCUUGGUUGAGCAGUUUGACUUUGGGGGAUUCCGAACGCCGGUCCUCCCUUGGCCAGCAGAGAGAGGCACUGUCAGAUUUUUCCACGGAGAACACAGGGACAGGUCUAGUCCAAAGAUGUGUGGUUGUUCAACGGGACAAUCUGGGGUUUGGCUUCACUGUGUGUGGGGAGAGGAUCAAACUAGUGCAGAAUGUUCGACCAGGUGGAGCAGCAGUCAAGGCUGGGGUCCAGGAAGGGGACAGAAUUAUAAAGGUCAAUGGCUCGUUGGUUUCAUCCAUGUCUCAUCAGGAAGUAGUAAAAAUUAUCAAAUCUGGGACGUAUGUGGCGUUGACUCUGCAGGGCUCCCCACCUUCUGCUACGUCUGUCCCCCUUCAACCCCUUUCUACUGACCUAUUGCCCAAUCACAAGACCGCAUUGGUAGGUGAAGCUGUGUCUUCCCCACUCCCCCCAACGACACCUACAGGAAGCAGCACCCCAACCCAAAGAAUCACAGGACCCAAACCAUUACAGGAUCCUGAGGUGCAAAAACAUGCUACAGAAAUCCUCAGAAAGAUGUUGGAGCAAGAGGAGGCAGAACUACAGAACCUGUUGGAGGAGCAGUCUCGUUACCCCUCCCCUUCCCUAGAGGAGCGAAUAGGAAGUGCCAAACGAAGAGCGAAUCAAGUCAGAGUGAAGAUUCAGCGAGAUGUGGAUGGAACGCGAUCAGAGGUUAUUGCCAGUUAUCUUAUGGCUGGUGAAGGCCGUUUAUCAAUGGACUCCAGUGAAGGAGAUGUUGAGGCAAGUGAGAGUCCCUUCUCCUCCCCUUCCACCUUUCUCCGGCAUCCCCUGCACCAAAGCCAGUCCAACACAAACACCACUGACACGGGAGGAAAGACCCAGAUCAUUGGACCAGAGGAAGAAGAGGAGGAUGAUGAUGAGUACCUGAUAAAUGAGAUUGAUGGACCUUUCCAGGACAUAGAGCUGCUGAAAAGUCGUCCGGCACACAUGACUGUAUUUAUGAGAUAUGUUUUUAAUCAACUUCUGGAUCCCAACCCACUGCUGUUUUACUUGUCUGUGGAGGCAUAUCUGGGUUCGAGCCCAAAAGACGCCCGCUCCAUCGCUCCUCAGAUUUGCUCCCAUUUCCUGGACCAUGAUGCUCCUCUGAAGAUCAAAGUGAGAGAGGAGUUCCUUACAGAUAUAGAGAGUCGUCUUCAUGCACAGGAGGACAUUCGAGGGCCUCUUUCUGAACUACAACAGCAGGUGUUCUCAGAUAUUCAAGACCAGCUUCAAGACUACAGGAAUAAGCAGAUGAUGGGUUUGGGAUCUCUGUUUGGAGAGACUGACCUGCAGCAGUUAGAUGGAGACCCUGUGAAAGAGAGACAGGUGGUGGAGAAACAGGUUGUUGGGCUGUGGGAAAUCUUGUCAAAACAUGAAGAAGAGAGAAGUUCUCCGCUAGCAUCUGCUGUUCACUUGUAUCUAAGACACUCGGGUAUUAAGCUUAGAGACUCUAAAGUGUUUCCCGGCUUGAUCUCGGAGAAGGAGAAGUGGCUUCCAUUCUUUCCCAAAACUAAAAAGCUGAGCAGCGCAAAAAGGGAGAAGGAUGGAGAAGAUAAGAAAAGGAAUCCUAUAUUGAAGUACAUAGGGAAGCCCAGGAAUACAUCUCAGUCGACAUUCCAUGUUCCGUUGUCCCCCUCCGAAGUUCGUCCAGGCAACGUUCAAAACAUCAUCCAGCAGUUCGAGAGUCAUUCAGACACUGUUGAAGACGGAGAAAGUGACGGGCAGACGUUAUCUUCCAGCAGCUUUGGGGAGGACAGCAUGGAAAGUUUAACCACAUCGGUGCGUUUGGCUCGUAGUGAGUCAUUAAAAGCUCAGGGGGAGGGGCGGCGACGAGGAGGUGGAACAGGGUCAGAAACUGUUCCACGUUCCAGGAGUGAUGUGGAUAUGGAGGACUGCGAGGAGAGGGAAGGGCCGAGUCUGAGGCUGUUACAUCACAGCGCCUCGUCUUCAGUGUCCAGCAGCUCAGCUCGAUCCCUGGAGAAUCCAACACCACCUUACACCCCUCGCUCCCGCCGCAGGAGCGUGGACUCUCCUGUGGCUCUGCUACCCGAUGCCCCUGCUCUGGAAGAGGAAGUGAUCGACUCUCAUAACUGGCAGGAGACAGUGGAGGCACACGUGCUGGCAUCUCUAACUUCACGUGAAAUAGACAGACAAGCUGUCAUCUACGAGCUGUUCACCACAGAGGUGUCUCAUCUGCGGACUCUUAGGGUUUUAGAUCAGGUGUUCUUCCAGAAGAUGCAGAGUGUUCUCAGUCAAGAAGAGCUCUCCUGCAUCUUCCUGAACCUGCAUCAGGUCUAUGAACUACACGCAAGCUUAUGCGAGUCCAUGAAGAAUCGCAGGGCAUCUGUCAUCGUUCAGGGCAUCGGUGACCUCAUGCUGGCCAGAUUUGAAGGGGAGGCAGGGGACCAGUUUCAGGAGCAGGUGUCUCUUCUGUGCAGUCAACAGAGUCAAGCGCUGGAAUUGAUCAAAAACAAACAGCGCAAAGACCCCCGGUUCGCCCACCUAAUACAGGAAUGCGAGGCCAGUCCACACUGCCGUAGGUUACAGCUGAAAGAUCUCCUGGUUUCUGAAAUGCAGAGAUUGACUAAAUAUCCACUACUGCUGGAUAACAUUAUCAAGCACACAGAGGAGAGUUCUCCGGACCUGCAACUGUUGCAGAGAGCCCAGGCGUGCUGCCGUGGGAUACUACAGGCCGUCAACGAGGUCGUCAGGGAGACCGACCACAAGAACCGUCUCAGCCAAUACCAGCGCAGGCUUGAUCUCACGCCCCUGGAAAGACAGGCUAAUCCUGUUGCAGCACAAUUUAAGAAUCUGGACCUCACCACUAAGAGAAUGAUCCAUGAGGGUCCCCUCACAUGGAAAGUCAGCAAAGACAAAACAAUUGAGAUCCAGGCAUUGUUACUGUCAGAUCUCUUGGUGCUGCUUCAGAGGGGUCCAGACGACCGGCUCAUCCUGCGCUGUCCAUCCCGAUCGGUGGGUGGGGUCGGUGCUACAGACCCCAAAACUCCAUUCUGCCCUGUCGUCCGUCUUGACUCCUCCCUUGUCCGACCAGUCGCGACAGACAAUAAGGCUCUGUAUGUAAUUAGCACGUCAGAGAGCCAGAUCUACGAGCUGGUGGCCGGUACAUCUUCCGAGAAAAACAUCUGGAAAAACUUGCUUGAAAAGACAAUCGCUUCAGCCACUCAAGGAGCAAACACGACCAAACAGCCAUCUCCAGCACUGACCUCAGAUGUGCCUUCGUCUGCCAAUCCAUUAGACUUUUCACUAUCCGAGGGGUCUGUGUCUCUGGCACCGGACUCGGUUAGCGAUGAUGAAUGUUCUGUCACACCAAUCGACAAGUCUGUGGCAUGUCAUCAUGAGGAUGGGGAGAGUUACCUCAACACAAAAGCUGGUGUUGCAGAAGCUGCUCUUCAAGAUGUGAAAACCCUGCGACAGCUCAUCUUCAGGGAUCUUGAGGAUGGGUGGAGUCAGGAUUCAGAUGACACACCCACUAAUGAAACGGCCACAAAUGAAAGUCCUUUUGCAGAUAUGCUAAGGCUAGAUGUUUCUGACCCGGACCUUAAGGAGAGCCCUAGCAAAUGUCUGGAGGACCAUGUAGAUGCCCCCCCUUUAGAGGUGGUGGUACCUACUGUUCAGGUUGUAAGAAAAGUUGUGGGUGUGGGCUCUUCUAUACCUGAUGAAAUCUCUGAUGAUGUCACCUCCAACCAAUCCUCUGAAGAAAGAGGGAACAUGUUUUAUCUGGUAAUGCCCAAAGAGCAAGCCGGUGCUCUCACAGAUGAAAGCAGCACAGAUGAGAUCAAAGACGUAUCUGAGAACCUUGAGAUUCAGAACUUGUCCUCAACAUCCUUUUUGGAAGAAAAAGAGCAAGAUACUCCUUGCCUCUCUCCAACAGACCAAUCACUGCCUGACAACCUUGGUCACGGAGAAGUGCUUAGCCAAUCACAAGUUAGCACCCAGCGCCACAUGAUCAAGAACGUGGAUGAGAUCUUCCACACGAUUGAAGAGCUCAUGAGAAAAUUAAACCAUCUUAGGAACAUUGAAGCAGACCAUUACAAACUCCUGAAGAAAUUAAGCAGGCCAGUUUCGGAUGAUAACGCGUCAGGUGACCUUGUCCACAUGUCUCCCGCAGCAGUCAGAAAAUCAUCACUAGACCAUGGAGCCGGCAAUGGUAAAGAAGGCAUCUCAGUAGAAUCGGCUCAGCCUGAAAUCCAGUCUACUGGGUUCUGAUGUUUUAUCGUUGGAUCAUUUGAGGAUCUUCAUCUUACAUGCACAGACACAGACUCGUGUGCCCUGCACUCCAUCCUGUAGUCCCCUUCCCAGCAUGCCUUGCACCUUGAUGCACAACCAGGUUGAAUUGUGUGUCGUUUGUAUUUAUCAGAAAUUCAAGACUUAAGACAGAUGACCUCUGGCCUGCAUUAAGAAAGAGAGGGUCAAGACUAAAGGAAAGUGAGGAUUCUGUGAAUGCACUGAAGCAAGAAAAUGGAAUUGAAGUGGUUGCAAAUGGAUGGUUGAGGAACAGAAAGUGAAAUGAAGGUGGGACAUAAUAUAAAGCAAGGCUGAAGACAGGAGUGUGAAGACAUUGAAGGAACCCACAGCACUUUACCUGCUGAAUCGAUUUCUCUUCUGUUUAGACAAAAAACUCAAAUUCAAAACAAGCACCAGAUUUGGCUCAUUACGAGCCCUUUCAUUUUUCAUCAAAAUAGCAACACUGGCCAUUGGUCAUUGUGUGUGGAUAGAUGCUUUGACAUUCAUUGUUCUUUUGCACCGAGACCCCUUUGUAAAUGAUAUGGCGCAAACAAGGAUGUCGCCUGUAAUUCAUAGAGUAACAAUGCGAAAGAAGGAAAAAACUGAAAAGAUGAAGGCUUUGUGCUAUGGAAGAAAUAAAAAAGUGAAAUAUU